UUUUUUUUUACCUUUUCAAAUGUUUUCCCUUCCCGCCGGAAUAAUGCAGUCAUUUUUUAUACCAGUGACAAUUGUCUUGAAAGCAAUGCGUCGACUGGAUCGGAUUGAGAAAAUUAAGAGUCGAACGAUAUAGCACAGUUGUUCUAUCUUUAGGCGGCGCCGAACUAACAUAGUUGUCCGUGUCUCGGGUCUACCGGGCCGGUUCGCUGCGCAGGUUUGGAACGCGCGCCAUUUUGUGAAAAUUGACAUAAAAUCUUGUCCAAACUAAGGCUUUUAUCUGACGGUAGUGUCAUCAUUUCUAAUGUUUUUUGGAUAGUGUGCGUCGCCGAUUACACUUAAUGACAAGUAGGAGUAUUGUCUGGAUUUAAUUUUCUGUAAAACGAACAAUCCGAAUGUGUUUUACAAACGGUAUAAUAGACAGCUGGCUAGCUUGCUAGCUAGCAAGCUAGUUAGCCACGUUUGUUAGCUAAAGUCACCGAGCAAACUAGCAGGCUAGCUGAACUGGCUGGCUAGCUUGCAUUCGGGUGAUGGUAGCUACAGUUUAGAAGUUGGACCACUAACUAAGGAUGACUGUCGCAGAGGCGAUUUCGAUAUUUGCAGAUUUAGCCUGGCAGGCCAUUUUUUAGUUGCUAUUAGUGUAAGGAGAAAGUAUUAUCUCUAAAUACCUAGCUAGCUAGCAGGUUCGAAAUUUUGGGUGUCUCAUUGGAAGUAACGAUAGAGAAGCUGGAUAAGUUCCUUCACCAUAUUGGUUCUGGCACUUUAAAUGAAGAUCGUACCAUCAAAGGAGGAGAGACCUCAGCAUGCAAAACUUCAUCUGUCCGGCUGGCACCCUCUUUUUCUUUCCAUGCUGCUGGUCUUCAGAUGGCUGCUCCCAUGCCUCAUUCCCACCAGCAGUACAGUGACCGCCUCCCGCAGAGCACAGAGCCGCCUGUCACUGUACUGCCUUACAGUGACCAGACACAGCCACACACUGCCAGCCAGAGGCACAUGCCCCAGUGUUUCCGCGACCCAACUUUGGCCCCUCUGAGGAAGCUCUCUAUUGACCUGAUCAAAACCUACAAACACAUCAAUGAAGUCUAUUAUGCAAAAAAGAAGCGCCGGCACCAACAGGGUCAGGGGGAGGACUCCAGCCACAAGAAGGAGAGGAAGGUCUUCAACGAUGGCUACGACGACGACAACUAUGACUACAUCGUCAAGAAUGGGGAGAAAUGGAUGGACCGCUAUGAAAUCGACUCCUUGAUUGGGAAAGGGUCCUUUGGUCAGGUCGUAAAAGCUUAUGACCGCCACGAACAGGAAUGGGUAGCGAUUAAGAUCAUCAAGAACAAAAAGGCCUUUCUAAAUCAAGCCCAGAUCGAGGUGCGGCUUCUGGAGCUGAUGAACAAGCACGACACAGAGAUGAAGUACUACAUAGUUCACCUUAAGCGUCAUUUCAUGUUCCGGAAUCACCUUUGCCUGGUGUUUGAGAUGCUGUCGUACAACCUGUACGACCUGCUGCGCAACACCAACUUCCGUGGCGUGUCGCUGAACCUGACGCGGAAGUUCGCUCAGCAGCUGUGCACGGCGCUGCUCUUCCUGGCCACGCCUGAGCUCAGCAUCAUCCACUGUGACCUCAAGCCCGAGAACAUCCUGCUGUGCAACCCCAAGCGCAGCGCCAUCAAGAUCGUCGACUUCGGCAGUUCCUGUCAGCUCGGGCAAAGGAUCUACCAGUACAUCCAGAGCCGUUUCUACCGCUCUCCUGAGGUGCUGCUGGGCAUGCCGUACGACCUGGCCAUCGACAUGUGGUCCCUGGGCUGCAUCCUGGUGGAGAUGCACACCGGCGAGCCUCUCUUCAGUGGAGCCAAUGAGGUGGACCAAAUGAAUAAAAUAGUGGAAGUUCUUGGUAUCCCACCCAAUCACAUUAUGGACCUAGCACCAAAAGCCCGGAAGUUCUUUGAGAAGUUAUCGGAUGGGACAUGGAGCGUAAAGAAGACCAAAGAUGGCAAACGGUAUAAGCCCCCGGCGUCGCGGAAGCUGCACACCAUCCUGGGGGUGGAGGCGGGGGGCCCGGGGGGGCGCAGGGCGGGGGAGUCGGGCCACGCCGUAGCGGACUACUUGAAGUUCAAGGACCUCAUCCUCAGAAUGCUGGACUACGACCCCAAGACCCGCAUCCAGCCCUACUACGCCCUGCAGCACAGCUUCUUCAAGAAGACAGCGGACGAGGGCACCAACACGAGCAGCAGCGUAUCCACCAGCCCUGCGCUCGAGCAGUCCCAGUCCUCAGGCACCACCUCCAGCACCUCCUCUAGUUCAGGAGGAUCGUCUGGAACGAGCACGAGUGGCAGAGCACGCUCUGACCCCACCCACCACCACAGACACAGCGGGGGGCACUUUGGCACCACGAUGCCAGCCAUAGACUGUGACAACCUGUGCCCACAGGCGAGACCGCCGUACCACGCCCCUGUAGUGUGGCCAGGCAGCGUUGGACCAGAACCAGUCACUGUAGAAACCCACCCAGUCCAGGAGACCACCUUUCACGUGCCUCCCCAGCACCCGAAGGCGCUGCAUCCGCACCACCAUCCGCACCACCCCCACCACCACCACCACCACCACCACGGACAGGUGCUGGCCACGAGGCCACGCCCACGCCUCUACAACUCCCCCACCAACAGCGCCUCCACGCAGGAUUCCAUGGAGGUGGUGCACGGCCACCUGUCCAUGACCUCGCUGUCUUCCUCCGCCUCCUCGUCCUCCACUUCCUCCUCUUCCACUGGGAACCACGGCAACCACGCCUACCAGCUGCGCCAGGUGCCCGCCGGCGCCUUGGACUUUGGCCAGAAUGGAAGCAUGGGCAUGGGGCUGGGCGCCUUCUCCAACCCCCGCCAAGAGACUGGCAUGGCGGGGCACCCCACGUACCCACUGGGGGCGGGCGCGGCCGCCGGCCCUGCCCACUACAUGAGCGAGGGCUUGGCCAUGCGGCAGGGCCUUGAUCGGGAGGAGUCGCCCAUGACUGGAGUUUGUGUUCAGCAGAGCUCCAUGGCCAGUUCGUGACUAAACUCAAACUAAUGGGGUUUGUUUUUUCUCUGUGUGAUUUUUAAAAGGUGGUGUUUUUUUUUCCUCCUCUUCUUUUUAUUUUUUUUCCCCUUUUUUUUUAAAAAAAAAAAAAAGGUGCAUAGAGAUCAAAAGCUGCUCAUAUCAGGAGGGAGAUAUCACUGAACCGCUACAACAGAAGAGUCUAUUUAAGAGAAAAAAGAAAAUACAAAAAAAGUAUAUAUGUAAUUCCAUGAUUUUCCUUUUUAAAUAGGCACAUUAGUAAUACUGCAAAAUAACCAUAGUGAAAUUGAAACCAUCUACCCGUUCAUAUGCUGCACAUAGUACUUAUUUGCCAUCUGUUCUGUGGAAAAUAGGGUCCGUAUUAACGCUGAGCAUUUGAGAGUGGAGAGCUGUUUUUUACAGGUAGCUAUAUGUAAAGAAAUGCAAAAACAUUCAAGUUUUUUCUUUCUGAACAGUGAAAACAUUUGACCUUUUUUCCGUUCCACUGGUUGUUUAAUUUAUUUACCCUUUAAGUGAAACUUCACAAACGAACUAUGUGUCACCUGUAGCGUGUGCAGGAGCAGUCCUUGCAGUGAUAUUUCGUGUUGUUGGUCUUGUGUAACUCUUUUGACAAAGGG